UUCAUUCUGUCUGGUAUUAUUUGUACCCUCAUUGCUGGUUUGUUUUGGCACCCUGAGUAGCCAAUACAUUAUCAAAUUGACUGCUGUGUGUUCCGGUGCAGCAAUCCUGUCCAACACAGGCUGUGGAAAGGCACCCUAUUGUAACUUUGCAAUGCAAUGGGCUGCAUGGAGGGUGACUCUUUGAUUUCUUACUGCUUUAUCUGAUACUGGCCUUUGCCAAAUACACGUCUUAAUUCUUACACAGUUUUUAGAAUCAGCAACAAAGAAGUACAGUUUCUUUUUAGUCACCUUCUUCUGGAUGUGGCUUGCAGCAGGUAUAAAAAUACGUACAAAUGGGUGAACUGGACCAUGGAACAUUGCUUUCAGGUCAUAGGAUUGGCGGUGGAGACAAUUUGGUGGCUCCUGCAAGAAAUGCUCUUUGCAGUCAGAAGUACAAACCUGUUGACUACAAACAUCUGUAUGGACUUGCUGAAGAGGCAAAAAUGGCCUCUGCACAAAUUCAGUUAAAGAUUAAAAAAGCAGAGCAAGUUUCAAAAAUUAGCAAAGAGCAAAUGCUGCUGAAACAGCAUCGUCAGGUGUGGUGGCAAGAGCAUAAAAGACUGAGUGAGAGCAGGCAAAAAGCAGAAGAAGAAAUGAAGAGUUUUCUUGAUGAAGAAAGCCAUAAGAGCAACUUUUUUUUUGAUUUGAGGGACUUGGAGCAGAAGCUGUCCAAGGAGCGGGAUGCUUAUCAAACAGAUGCUUUCGUUCCUGUCUGGCAGCUAAAGGAGGAUUUGAAACUCAAGCUGGCUAAAAUGCAGCGCUGUCUCUCAAAGGAAUCUUGUCAGAAACCCGAGAUCAGUUCAGCUGAGGAGUUACAGCAGAUCAAGUUUAUGAAGAAGCAACAGAAGGCAAUUUUGGAAGGUCUCAUCCUUGAAAGUCUGGCUUUGGAAAGAGAGCUUGAAGAGUACAAAGAAAAUGCACUAGUGCCCUCUUCUGAAGAGAAAACCGGAGUUUUCCUUGAAGUUCCUCCCGAGCUGCUGUCUCUGGAAUGCCCGUACCCUGACCUGAAGGCCUCGGUGAUGGAGGAGUACCAGGAGCUGGCCAGGGCCUACUGGGCAAAGCUUCAGGAGGUGGAUCAGCAGCUGGAGGCUUUAUCGAGGAACAGUGACUGGAAGGAAGAAGAUCAGUGGGUUUUCCAGACUGUUAUCAAUCAGUACCCAAGUGAUCUUCAGAGGAGGAGGACUUUGUACCUGGAUAUGCUGCAGAGGUAUCUUCCCCACAAAUCCAGGGAGGAGCUGGUUGUUCAUGAGCAGGCUUGGGAUCAUUGCCAUUCCAUCAGGAAGCAGCGCAGAGUGCUGCUGUUAACCUGGGCUCAGCUCAGGAAAGCCUUUGUCCUCAGGGCAGUGGCAGCUGCUGCUGAAGCUGCUGCUGCUCACGAGGCAGAAGUGGCGCUGGCUGAUUCCAGGCAAAAGCAACUGGACAUCUGUGCUGAUCUGAAAGCAAAGGUUCUACAGUGGAAAGCACAGCAGGAAGAAGCUGCUAAACUAGAAGCUGCUGUAGCUGCCAGAAGAAAGGAAAAGGAAGAUGAGAGAGAAAGGCUGAAGAGAGAACAGGAAACCAUUCGUAGAACUCAGGAUAAAGAGAAACUGAAAAAAUACUGGGCUGAGAAAGAGCUAAAGUGGCAAGAACAGGAGGAGAGAGAUCUACAGCGUCUGGAGGAAUUGAGAAAAUUAAUGGCUGAACAAGCAGCCAAAGACAGAGAAAGGGUGCAGUUCCGACAAGCCCUGCUGGAGAAGCGGCUGCAGGAGAGGAAGGAGCUGGCGCUGCUGCGGGUGUGGCAGGAGCAGGAGAAGGAGAAGCGCCUGGAAGCGCUCCGGCAGCAGGUUGCCAUUGUUGCGAAAUUCGAUCCAGCCAGAGCAGUGGCUGACACGGUGGCGUCCAAAGCUCGGAUGGGCAUCGGGACCAAGGAGGAGUUUGAGCUGCAGCGGCCCCUGUUCAGGCUGCACACCUACAGUGAAGAGCAGGUCAUUUCUGACCCCAGGCUCCGUGUCGAGCUCGCUCUCCGAGAAGCUGGACUGCACAAAACACUUUAUGCAAGAGAGGUUUUGUCAAAACUUCCACCACCGAAGCUUCCAAGGAGAGACAUGGAAUCUACAGCUUUUGAAAUGUAGAGCACCUCUCAUCUGAGGGGCAGAGGGGCAUCAGGGGUCUGGUCUGGCCCAGAGUAUGCAAACCUUAAACAAAUUCCCUUUGGUUGUGUCCUAGAACUGCUCGGUUCCCUGCAUGUGCAGCCAUUCUAGAGCACUGCAAGCCUUUCUGAGCUGCAUUUCACCUUCCAGCUGCCUGGUGCAGGUCCUGAGAGCUGGGGUGUGUGCUGGUGUAGUGAUUGCCCAUGUCCCCUCCCUCUGGGAGCCGGGACACCUUGCUAAAGGACUCCUACACACAGCCCAGGCCAACCUGAUGUGCAGCACCUUGAGCAGGAAUUCUUGCGACUGAAUUGGCAGCAGAAGCCCAAAAUAACUUUGCACAGCAGUUACUUUAGAUUUUAUGUUACAUGAAUAAAUCCCACAAUUUUCU